CGAGGGGAGAGAUUCGAGGAAAAAAGUAUAGUCCGUUGUGUGUUUUCGUCGUUGUCUGAUGUUCUUGCUGCUCAUUCAGGAACCUCGAAAAUCCCUUGCUCGGAACCCAUCGCCGGAGUGUUCUGAUCUGCGUCUUUGUUGUUGUUGUGUCCCCUGGAACAGGAAGGAUAGGCUCGGAGCAAGGAAGCGGCGGCGGUCAGCGAUCAGCUGCUCCAGCAAGUGACGGAUCCGGUCUACCGUCGCCCAUCACUGAGCGAGUACUGCGGAACCAAUAGCCAGUUUCAGGUUGGUUGGUCGGUCGGUGCGUCCGUCCCUCCGUUCGGCCUUAUUAUGGGCGACUGCGACGAUGACGGCGAAUCGGCAGUCACUUGUACCUGAGUCUCCGAGAGGUGCACACGCGACACCAUAUGACAACGAAAUAUUUAUCUGCGGCUUUCGUGUGGCUCCUCUGCUCUGAUUGUAGUGAUGUGAUUUGCCAGGCACGGAUGAAAAUGAAUCAAGUAGUCAACGAUGUGCCUCUCAUCAAGGGCUACUCAGAUUUCUCGAUGAAACAACUCGACGGAUUCCAAGGAAUCAGUCUGGAACUCAACUUUCUCGACGGUGAACUCAACUUUGAAGUCACUCGAGACAAUUACGCUCUCAUCGAAGAUGACGUGAUCAAGGUGACCUCGCACGAAGUUUCGGAUGACGAAGACGAAGAUCCGAUAAUUGUGGUACCAUUACAACGAAUUUCUGAAACGAAUUUCUUCCGCUUCCAACGAAAUCCCUCUUCUGGCGAAUUCCUGGUGGGGUUUAAGCCAAACUCGUUUCUAGUUAUGAUGCAUCCGCGCAAUGGCCGAGAUCUCCGAGCUUUUGUCUGCAUCGGCAAAGAGUUUCUUGAAUGCGAUGGGGACACAAUUGUUAGGUAUUUGAGAAGAUUCGAAGGACUUGAGAGCCUUUCGAUAGACUUUCAGAAAAGGACGGCGAAACUGAAGCUUUGAAUUGAGUAUUUAUUCAUUUUAUUUGACUUGGAGUUAUUAUUCUACAAUGGUCACUACGAUUGACCCGCAGGCCCUGGGUCGCAUCCUGUCUUUCGAUCAAAUGGUCGAGAGUAAGCCUCUAGAAUCGAGAAAAUAGGCUAGCGGAACGAAGCUCAUAGGGAUAGCUGUUCCAAGCAAGAACCAUCCGUUGCAAAGACGAACUGAGAAAAGCAUGGGGAGCAAUAUUGGUAGUUUGAUAUGAGCAGUUGGCGGGAGCGGCGUUGAGAGAGAACCGCAUCCGUUAUCGAUAGAGAGCGGGGUAAGGUUUGGUGGACUGAGCAGACAGCUAGACACGAUAGUCUGUCAGUGCUGAGUUGCCUUACGGUGAUGAUAGACGAAUGUUUGUAAAAAUGCGAUGCUGAGAGGAUACGGAGAUACAGUACGACUGGGGCUGCUAAGAAUUGCACGGAAGAUCUAAGAAACCCUUGCGAAGAAGAGUUCCUCCCACCGAGGCGUCGGAGCCGAUGUAUGCAGAAUUUGAGCGAGGAUAGUUUGCAUCGGAGUUGGCCUCCAAAAACCAGAGUAGCAGAGUCGAAUAUCUGAGUAGCUCAAGCUGGCUCGAUCAAAGCUGAGUAAUACGCUUGUGUCGUCCGCAAACAGCUUGACUUUGAGAUCAGGCGAGAGCGAGUUUGCGUUAGAAAGGAGGCUGCGCACGUGAACGAGGAACAGAAUGGUCCCAAAACCAAUGCCUGGAAACCUCCUUCGUCAAGUUCACAAGCGUCCGAUUGGAUACCGCCAGUCGUCACCACAACUACUCUACUUGAGAGGCA